CUAGAGCUUGUUACAGGGGUCUCCCAAGAGGAAGAGUUCAGUGUGACAGCCAGACUGGAGAGCUUGUCACACUGGUGUGUUGGAGCAGCAGCUGCCCUGCCCUGGGGCAUGAGCUUGGAGUUUACCACAUCUGGAGUGUUUUGCCCAGUUCUGGGCUUCCCAGUUCAAGAGGGACAGGGAUCUACUGGAAAGAGUUCAACAGAGGCUACAAGAAUGAUGAAGGGAUUGGAACGCCUGCCUGAAGAGGAAAGGCUGAGAGACCUGGGGCUGUUUAGUCUGGAGAAGAGAAGACUGAGAAGGGAACCUUAUCUACAAAUACCUGCCAGGUCUCAGUGCCACCGGCCCCGGCAGGGGGGCCCGGAGCUGCCAUGACGACAGGGGACUGCUGCCACCUGCCCGGCUCCCUCUGCGACUGCCCGGGAAGCGCCGCGCUCUCCAAGUCGGUGGAGGACUCGGACAUCGGCCGCCCACAGUACGUCACCCAGGUCACCCACAAGGAUGGACGGCUCCUCUCCACCGUCAUCAAGGCGCUGGGCGCCCAGAGUGAUGGGCCCAUCUGUCGAAUCUGUCAUGAAGGUGGAAAUGGGGAGGGACUGCUUUCCCCGUGUGACUGCACAGGAACACUGGGCACCGUGCACAAGAGCUGCCUGGAAAAAUGGUUAUCCUCCUCCAACACAAGUUACUGUGAGCUCUGCCACACAGAAUUUGUUGUAGAAAGAAGACCGAGACCUUUGACAGAGUGGCUGAAGGAUCCCGGUCCCCGCAAUGAGAAGAGGACCCUUUUCUGUGACAUGGUGUGUUUCCUGUUCAUUACUCCCCUGGCAGCCAUCUCUGGCUGGCUGUGUCUGCGUGGGGCCCAGGAUCACUUGCAGUUCAACAGCCGGCUGGAGGCCAUCGGCCUCAUCGCACUGACUAUUGCACUUUUCACAAUCUACGUCCUUUGGACACUGGUUUCGUUCCGCUACCACUGCCAGCUGUACUCGGAGUGGAGAAGGACCAACCAGAAAGUCCGUCUGAUGAUCCCGGCCUCGCGGAGCCCUCACCCCGUGCCCCACUCCCUGCUCUCAGCCAAGCUCAUGAAGAAGACUGCGGAUGAAACCACCGUGUGAGCCAUCCCUGGGCUGCUGCACCCCGUGGCUGCGGGGCCAGGGCAGAAGCAGAGGGGACCGGGUGUCCCUGCGUGCGCAGGGAACGUGGCCCUGGUGGCGCUGAAGCAAUCGUCCCACCCCGAAGGACUUGGUGGUCAGCACGUGCUUUAUGCUAUGGCAAGUGGACAGAUAAUCAACGUUCGUCAUGUGAAAUGGCCCAAAAGAGCCAGACGGCAGAACACACCUGUCUGCAGGGACACUUCCCUCUAACUAAAUACCAUACUUGGAAAAUAUCUUCCUAUAUAUAUAUAUAUAUAUAUAUAUAUGUAUCUAUCUAUAUAUAAUAUUAUUUUUUAAUGGCCAUGUGUAUUGUGUUUCAGUCCUUUUGUUUUGAUGUUCUAAGCUUCAGUAUAGAAGCUGGCAGCCUGAUCUCAUUCAGAGGUUAAAUCUAUGCCUUUUCUCCAAAAGAACACUUUUUGUUGGCUGUUCUUGAAAGUCCCCUUCUUUGCACUAAAUUGGUUUUGAUAAUACUGCAGCAGCCUCUUCCAUUAGUUUUUGGUCUCUUCUGUGGUGUUUCUGUCCUUUCUAGAAAGUUGUGUGGUUUUAAUAAUUAUUAUAAUCCCAGAAGGAGUAAAAUUAUGUAAUACUGAAUGGAGAUAUUUUGUAUUGUGAAGUACUGUAAUUUUGAGAAUUUCAAAAGAAGUUUCAAAAUGAGAAAAUCUUUUCCUGUGCAGACGUGAUCUCAUAAAAUGCUUUCCUUGCAGAUCCUGGCUUGUCCCCAGGACUCGGAUGCACUCAGCUCCUGGCAUGUCUGGCAAAGGUAGAUGGAGGAUCUGAGGGUGGGCAGUGAUGGCUCAUACUGGCUAAACCCACCAUUGCCUUUUGCUUUUAAAAGAUUCAGAAAGGAACUUUCCUGACCCCAAAAGGUGAGAGUUGGAGUCUCUGUUUGCUGAUACCUUUCCCCAUCCUGAGGCUGGACCUCUCGUAGUGUCCGUCGCAGACACCCCUGGGGGGACAGGCCGUGCCCAGCACAGGAGGCCUGGGCUGUCUCUGCGCCUUAUUUGCACAUUCCUUGGCAGCAGCUGGAGGAGCUGCUGUGAUUUGGUUCAUCCCUGAACACGCUGCCUGUUAGGUGUCUUCUAGUGAAACACCCCAAGUUCACUGGUUCCCAGAGAACAGGUUCUGGGCCCUUUCUCCUGUGGGGCUGCAUUCCUCCUCCUUCAUCCUUCAUCCUCCAGCACAUCCAGCUAAUGAACCCCUGUCUUGGAGUGCCCAGUCUGAGUUUGGCUGUAGUCCUUGCCUCUCUGCUGCCUCCCCACCCUGCCAGGCCAUGCCUGCGCUUGGUGCUGUGCUGUCCAUGGGUGGAGUGGGCCCCAAGGACACUUGGGGUAGGGGGACUCCAAGGGACCUGUGUCCCUGCAGCGUGUGCUGGUAGUCACACGGCGUGUCCCCCUGGACCCAAGUGGAUCAAUCAAGUGGAUUGAUCCCUGUUAGAUCGAGACCUGUAAUUUCUUGAAUUCAAAGCACAACGUGUCGAUCCUUAUCUCUAGCUGCAAGGCAGGAUGCUUUUCCUUUUGUGUCCCCUGUUCCCUGACCCUAGGCUGGAAGUCACCAGUGGCAUGAGCAGCAGUGGUCAGUGCUGUCUCCCAGCCCUGGGGCCUGUGGCUGUUCUGUCCUUCAUCUCCUGCCCCAGGGUUCUCAUGCACCUCAUUGCUAGCCCAGCACGUCUUGCAGCAGCCUCUCUCUGCCCAGCUGUGGACUGGGCUGACCUGGUCUCUCUUCUGAGCACGAGCAUCUCGUUUGAUCAUGAGGUGAUUAUCUUCUGCUGCAGCCACGCUGUGUAUUUUGGCUCCCCUCUCUCUGCCAGCCACCCUGCCUGUCUCUUCCCUUCUGCAAUGUGCCCGUGGACACCUUUCCUUUUCCCUGCCAUGUGGGAGGGACUCAGCCCCCAGAGCUCCUGGAGCCUUGUGGUGCAGAGGGGCCUCUCUAGCCCAGCUCAGCUGUGGUCGCAGCACGUCCUGCUUCCCCGCGGUGCUGCUGGGCUUCCCGCAGGCACUGCCCCCCCUGCCCUCAGCAGUGAGCCCUGUGCCACUGCUCUGUGCCUUGUCCUGCCUCCCCCAUCCCUCAACACCUCCCCAGCAAACCCUGUGUCACCAGGACAUUCUCAGUGAAGGAAAAUUUGGGGGUUUAGUUUAACCUUCCCAGCCGUGGCUGCCUCCCAGGAGCUUGGUCUUGCAACACAUCUAGUUGUGGUAGGUAACAAAGGAUGUGCCCUCCCACACCUGCCUUCCCCUAGUAAGGACUUCAUGGAGCCAGUGUUUCAGUUUGGAAACCCACUGUUGAUCCAAACAGGCAACUGUGAAAGCCCUGGCUGGGGGCAGCUGGGGCCUGGCCCUGUGCUGCUGAGCAGCCAUGGCUUCACCCUCAUCUUGUCUUUAUCAUAGUUGCCAAUAAUUGGAGUUGUUUCUUGUGCCCCUGCAAAACCCAAUAGUGACUUUUGGGGUCUUCUCCUUCCUGGAGGAGACGUUCAGCUCGUGGAUGUGGGAAAUCAGUGUCUGUGACCUCCCACAUUCCAGUGUCAUGGGGAAACGGGCUGUGCAAUUAUGUAAAUAAAAGUGAGACAAACUUCA